CGGUUUCCGCUGACGACGACGACGACGUUUCAUGCUGUGGACUACAUUCUGCAGGCGCGGCGCCAUCUCGCUGAGGACACCACUCAGUCACUCUAAAAGCCGCUCUUUGUUUCAGACAUUCCCAAAUCACUUCCCAAGAACAGCUCGAGCCCAAUCAGGUCGACUUCCGGGCAGCCAUGACGCCAUCCCGUCCUUUCGGACACAGGUAGCAAAGACAGAGGGCGUUUCAUCGUUUGGUGCCCGCCUCGAAAAACCAUCGGUACGGAAGCAAAUCGAGCUCUUCCUCGGUGUAUCAUUGUUGGCUUAUCUUGGAGCGGCAGCUGUGACCGAAUCAGAGACAAAAUACUGGAAGAACAAACUGGUCACCGUUUCGAGCAUAUUCCAACUUAGACCGCCUUCGACAGAUGAAAUGAGAAGGGCGCGAUACAUGGAGCUAGGUGGCUCCUUGAAAGAAAUCCUCGAACACUUGAAGGAUGAAACUUCGACGUGGCCAAGUACCCUUCGAAAUGUCUCCAUUGCCACGUAUGUACGCUGCGCCCAGACAUACCUCGAUUGGACCGAGGGUAGAAGGUUGUGCUUUCACAUUGCUUGCGUGAACGCGGCCAUCUUUUUGGCUUGGAAAGUACCCCGACUGCGCUCUUUCAUGUGGAAGUCGUUCGCUCACGAUCCUCUUUCCGGACGAGCGUAUACACUCUUGACGAGUGUGUUCAGUCACAAAGGUUUCCUUCACCUCAUUGUCAAUAACAUGGCUCUUUGUUCUUUUGGUUCGGCUGCCACGACGUAUUUCUACUUUCAACAACGCAAUAACCCAGAUGCUCUUCCUGAAGCAACUAGCAUGUGGCAUUUCCUAGCGUUCUUCCUUUCCGCUGGUAUGUUCUCCGGGCUUGUCAGCCAUGUCGUCUCGACCAAGAUCCUCUUCCCUCGACUGGUGGCUCGAGCAUCAACCCAAGCUUCCAUCCGAGCCUCACCAGCUGCAAGUGCAAUUGCCGGGAGCACUAACGUGGCAACAGCGGCAUCUAAGGGAGAGAUCUUGCCUUCGCUAGGUGCAUCAGGUGCCGUCUAUGCAGCUGUAACGCUGAGCGCACUUGCUUUCCCGGAUGCCGAAGUGCGAUUGUUGUUCCCUCCGUUUUUCCCCAUACCCAUCACGGCUGGUGUUGGGGGCAUUAUUCUCCUCGAUAUAGUAGGUGUGAUCCGAGGAUGGAAGCUUUUUGAUCAUUAUGCUCAUCUAGGAGGUGCAGCGUUCGGGGCUCUAUACUACUACUAUGGGACGUCUUGGUGGAACUUUCAAAGGCGGCUCGAGGCACAUAGUUGGCCAUGACGUCUGUCACGUUCAUGCUUAGACUAUCUCCCCUCCUUCCCUGUGGACGCUUGCAAACACCCUUCAUUGCGGCUCACCACGUUACAGUACGGCGAGCAUAAUACACCUGCUUAACACACGUUCUGGAUACAACAAGAACUAAAGGCAACGCUAUCAGUGAUGCUCCAUUUUCUUCUUUUAUCUCCCUUUUUUUAAAAAAAGCAAGAGAAUACAGUCGCAGCUGGCAAUUCCUCUCGUUGCAACUCACGCUUCGACUUCAUUAGAUCAGCUUUUACGUAAUCGCAAUGCGCUUCGGCAACUGGUCAGAGGGAGCCUUUGGGAAUGUCACUGUCAGGACGCCGCUGUCCAAGUUCGCCUUGAUAUCUUCAGGCU